GACACUUGGGUUGACACAAAGAUAGAGUUUAGUCUGUGAUUGAUCGUCUAUUUUGUGUGGAUAAAAGGUUUAAUUUUAAUGUAUUUUUAACCACAUUUUUAACUGGUAUUCGAUCUUGAGUGUAAUUUCUUUGCUGAAUAAAACUUAAACGAAGUACUAAAUCAGUACAGUUCCAGAUAAACCUUCGACACCUGUGUUGUUAAGGUUUGCCAGGAUGGAGGUGGAUAGAAGCGUGGAGGACACUCCAGUGUCCCAGAGACUUACCAAUGAAGACUUCAGGAAGCUGCUGAUGACUCCGAGGGCAACGCCAUCAGGGGGGGCUCAUCCUGCUGGCUCUGUAAGAGAGGCAAUGGCGAAUGCGGGGGCUAUGCCCCCUCCAGCAGAAAACAAAAGUGAACUGCGUCGCAAGAAAAAGUCCUACUAUGCAGCUCUCAAGAAACAAGAAGACAAUAAACUAGCUGAAUUGGCUGAAAAAUACCGCGACAGGGCGCGAGAGAGGCGGGAUGGGCUUAAUGAUAUUGGUCCCACGGACCCUACAAGCAACACUAGUAGUGCUUACAGAGCUGUGGCACCUGAUUUGAAGUCCGGAAUGGAUGCUAAAGAAAGAAGAAGACAGCUUAUUCAGGAAUCAAAGUACCUUGGUGGUGACAUGGAGCAUACUCACUUGGUGAAAGGUCUAGAUUAUGCCUUGCUGCAAAAGGUCAGAUCAGAAAUUACGACGCGUGAGCAAGAGCAAGAGGCAGAGAUGGAGAGAUUGGUCGAGGCGCCGGCGCCCGCGCCCGUCGUCGAACCCGCCAAGGAGAAGGAACCCGUAGUUGUGCAAGAGGAAGAAAUGCAGUUCAAAACUCAAAUGGGCAAAAACAUUUUCAACAUGUUGCUGGAACAAAAGAAUAAAAAGGUGACCCGUAACGAGUUAUUCGCGCCGGGCCGAAUGGCGUACGUGGUUGAGUUAGAAGAGGAAGGCGCUAUCGACAGCGAUAUACCCACCACGCUCACUCGAAGCAAAGCAGACGUGCCUGAACCAGACGAGCGUAGUUCUGCUUCGAGCGCCAACGACGUAGUUUUGGACAAACUGGCGCAGAUAUUCGCGUACUUGAGGCAUGGACGCCACCGUCGGCUUAAAAGAGCUAAGGACAAGGCGGCAGAAAAGGGGCGUCCCGACGACUCCAUAUACGGCGAGAUCGGCGAGUACGUGGCGGGCGAGCGCCGCGCCGAGCGCCGCGACGAGCGCCCGCGCGCCGGCUACUUCGACAAGCCCAUGGACGCCGAGAAGGAGGAAGGUCCAGGCCCGAUGCCGCGUCGUCCGCUGCCGUCCACGGAGGAACGUGACAAGCGGUCGGCGGCGCUUCUGUCGCGAUUGGCGGCGGAGCCCGAAGGCUACGCAGAGUGCUACCCUGGACUACGAGAGAUGGACGACGCGAUUGAUGACUCUGAUGACGAAGUGGAUUACACCAAGAUGGACGCCGGCAACAAGAAAGGACCUAUUGGUCGUUGGGACUUCGACACCCAAGAGGAGUACUCCGCAUACAUGAGCAGCAAAGAAGCGCUUCCGAAAGCAGCGUUCCAAUAUGGCGUCAAGACCCAAGAUGGCCGCAAGACAAGGAAGACCAAGGAUAAGAGCGAGAAGGCAGAACUCGACAGAGAGUGGCAACAGAUUCAAAAUAUUAUCCAAAAACGUAAGGCGCCGGCGUCUCAGUCGCAGACGAGCGACGAACCAGGAUUCAAGACACCCAAGUUCUAACACUAACUGGACGGAUAAAAUAUUAAAGGCCUGCACCACUUGCUGAUAAAGUCCCAGAUAGCCAAUUAGAAACUUAUCUGUCAGAUAAACUACAACUUUUGGUUUCACAGAUCUCGGAGGGAGAUGUAGACGAAACAGCAUGAGUAACUUAGAAAGGUGUUAAAUAACUAUCUGAAACAUUAUCAGGGACUUUUAGAAGUGACCCUAAGGAUUGUAUUUUAAAAAUAGUGUGAUUUUGCUGACGGUUAAGACUUAAAGGCAAUAAGAAUGAUGUAAACCACUUUGUAUAAUGUCCUAAUUAUGAACUUUGGUAAUUUUAGUUCGAGGCAAAUGACAACUCAUACUGCAAAAUGUUUUAUAAAAUCUUCGAUCAUUCUUCAAUAACCAAAACAUGUGAACUAAGAACAGAAAUAUCAUAGAAAAUAAACUUUUUAAUUCCUGUUGAACCUGGGAAAUGAGUUUAAAGUAUGCCAAUGGAUUUGUAACAAUGUUAACAGAAGUGCAGUUUUAAAUGAUUUGAUCACUGAAGUUACAUAGUAAGACGUAUAUUCGAUAUAAAACAUUACAU